CUUUGCGAAGGAAGCUGAUGACAUCUGCGCUCCCGUUGCAUUGUGGGGGAACCGGCAGCGUGGAGUGGAGGAGGCUCGAGCCGUGAGAGCAGCUGUUGGCUGAAGAAGCUCGGGAGCGAUGACGGUGAAUACGGCCGUUGAUUUUGGGUGGUCGCGGAUGAGGGGGGGGGUUAGUUUUGGGGGGGUUCCGGCUUGGACCAGAAAAUGGACCCCUCUCCUGCAAGCAGAAGGGAAUGGAGGAAGGCCGACCAGCCACCGACCCCCCUCCCUUCCUAUGGGCUUCCUAUUGCUGUGACAGCUCCGUCAGUUAUAAGGGGGCUUGUCUAGUAUUUCCAUGUCAAAUCGCUAAACGUGUUUCACGCCAAGCAAGCAAGUUGCAUAUGCUUAUUUUAAGAUACAUAAUAGAAAAUAGCUUAUUUGUCGGGGUUGUGAUUGAGUCUAGUAUUCCCGUUAUGCGGUGGGCUCCAUUAGAUUGACUCAAAUUCAAGAAGCAGUAGAUAUUAAUCUGCGAAGUUUCCCUUCAAAUGUCUUUUACCUCUUACCCUGAGGUAUCCCAUUAUUUAGAAUAGUUGGACAUACUGCAUUAUAGAAGGUCUCACGAUUUUAAAAGAAUCCUAAAGUCAUUGUUAAAAAUCUUCAGCAGUAGUGCUGUGGAGAAGGGUUGAGAUUAUAUGCUGGAAACUCCUUUUCCUUCCUGAACGGUAUCCUGUCAGCAUAGUUUCAUGGCUGAACGUUGCACAUUUAAUAGUAAAGUAGAUGAGAGAACCAUGGCAAAUACAGCUUGCUAUUUAGAAAUGAUAAAAGCUGUAUUUAUUGAAGUUAUAUAUUUUAUGCAACUGUUAAAGAUUUAAAAUCCCAUCCUGGUUCAUCUCCUUCAUCAUCUCUGAGCUCUGCUUUUUAUGGGGAAAGUGACAGUUGUGUAAGCCAUUUAACAAAAGAUGGCAUGCUUGUUAGGGUCUUCAGACAAAAUUUGUUGCCACAGCUUUGUCUAAAGGUUGUGUUGAUGGACAAUUUGUAUUAAGUCUUAUGUACAGUAUUUUAUAGAUACCUUAUGGUGUCUUGCCUUAUUUUACUGGCCCCUUAUUAGCAACAUUAGAGUUUCUUUCGUGAGAAAGGCCAGUGGUCUUGAGCCUUUUGGGGUGGGCCAGCCCCUCUACAUUAUUGAUGUGGCUGAUCUGCUGAAAGUGAACAUCAUAAAUUCAUUUUUGAGGUAUAAUACAUUGCAUCAAAAGUUGUGAGUCUGUGUCAAGGAGCUUUCAUUUUAAAUGUAAGAUGCCUGUUUUCAAACUAGAUUAAUGAUCAUGGAAAUAGGUGAGUUGGGUCUUUUUGUAUUGCUAUAUUAGCUGCAUCUGCAUUGGCUUCUAGUAUGUUUGUGGCCCCGACUUAAAGUGCUAGUUAUUGCUUUUAAAGUUCCAUAUGCUUUAGGAUCUGCAAAACUGCCUUCUCCGGCCUGAAUCUGCCCACAUAUUAUGGUCAAUGUAGAGAUCAUAUUAUAUUUUCAGGAUAAUAAUAAUUUAUUUUUUAUAUGCCACCCAUCAGACUGGGUUACCCCAGCCACUCUGGGUGGUUUCCAACAAAUUAAAACACAGUAAGAAAUCAAGCAUUAGUGAGGAUGCAAGGCGGGUGGUGGUGAUGGCAGUGACGAUAACUUCUGAAUGCUUUCUACCUCUGGUUCAUCUAUAUAAUGUGCUAAUUGCUUCAAAUGUAAUGUGUUUGUGGUAACACUAGUCCGACUGCUCUUUGCCUCAUUAACCAAUAAUAUGACAGGCUGGGCUUAAAUUUUUCAUGCUCCUCUAGUCAGGAAGAAUUGUCCGAUUGUGCUUGUGCUUGCGUAGCACCUCAGUCUCCAAUUUAAAGCCACCAAGACUAUCCAGCUGAUGAAAUGUAGUUAGAGUAUGACAGAUUAAAAUUAAUUUCGUUUCAGUGCUGUCAGUUAAUAUGCUGCAAAAUAGUUUUGUGCAGAUGAGCAUUUUGUAAUUAGAUGUUACCUGUGUGUGUAUUUCUUUCUCCUAGAGCUUCAAGCAAAAGUAUCUGCAUUGUAAAAGUCACUUGCUUUCACACUUUCUGUGCCUGGGCAUUACUUUAAUUCUUAAAUUGUAUCUUUUUCCAAGAGAAAACCUUUUCAGUUAUACUUUUAUAUUCCAAACCAUAUUUGAGACAGUGAUGUAAUUACUGGCUAAUUAACCAGACUAAGAAAGCUCUAAAAUUUUGUCACACUUUUGACAGACACCUUGUUUAGUCAUCCUUGUAACUGAGUCCCUAACUGUCCCCAUUUAUUUCCUCCUGCAGACAUGAGUGCAUUGUUUAAGGGGAUAGGUAGGGUUAAAGUUCUAAACUAGGCACAAUGUUUUGAUAAGGGCAACGCCUACCUUACUUCUCUGAAAUGGGAUAGCUCAGUACCUCAGUGUGGUCCAGUGCCUUUUCUGUCCAGAGUGUGCAGAAAUGCAUCAGACUCUGAAGAUCACAUAAUAAACUCUGAAGAGAGCCUCAUAUUGCACACUGCCAAUAAUAAUAAUAAAUUUUAAAACGUGUUUAUUUAUUAUUUUCCUUUUGCAUAUGUCUCAAGGUGAUGUACAUAAUAAUGCCAGACAUUUUGCUUAUUAAAGAUGUCAAGAUGAAGGUUUUUAAUGCGUGGCAGCAACUAAUAAAUGAGUUUUCUGGCAAACUGACCUUGACAUCUUGCAGAAUUGAUAAUUCCAAAAAACAUACACUAGGAUCUAAGCUCAUAUGGAAGCAUAGAUAGAAAUUUAAAGUAUUUUCCUGUAAAUGCUCAUAACUACUUUUUAAUGCAGUAACCUUGAACAAUGUCUAGAAAACAUCUUACUUGAUGAAUGUUGUGGAGGGUGUGUGAUAGAUUCUGUACAUAGUGGAUUGUAAUACAGUGGUGCCCCGCAAGACGAAUGCCUUGCAAGACGAAAAACUCGCUAGACAAAAGGGUUUUCUGUUUUUGCGUUGCUUCGCUAGACGAAUUUCCCUAUGGGCUUGCUUCGCAAGACGAAAACGUCUUGCGCUUUUUUUUUAAAGCCGCUUGAAGAAGCGCAGUUGCGACGGACCGUGCUUUGCAAGACGAAAAACAUCGCAAGACGAAAAGACUCGCGGAACGAAUUCUUUUCGUCUUGCGAGGCACCACUGUAUUCCAGUGAGAUUCUGUGUAGGCGUUUAUUGACUUUUAAACUAAUCACUUGCUCUAAUAGAUUUGUCUUCUUCCUUAAGGAACGGAAGGGGACAGCUAAAGUGGACUUCUUGAAGGCAAUUGAAAAGGAAAUCCAAAAGAAGUGGCAUGAUGAGGGAGCAUUUGAAGUUAACGCAGCAGAUGCUGCAAACCACAAAAGGUGGGGAUACUCUUUCCAGAAUUAUGACAAAAACUAGAGAGGGGAAUGUGCAGAAUAUUGAAGGUUUGGUUCACUGUGGCUUUUGAGGAGCCUGAAUUGGGAUUGGUGUCUUGAGUCUCAGUUGUACCUGUUUGGUUGACUUUGCAUGCCAUUGUGAGUUCACAUUUGGAUAGCUAUGGCAAUUAGCACCAUUAAAAUACCUGAACAGCCACUGAGGAGAUUCCAACCAGUUUUUUUCUCUAGCAUGGAAACUUGAGCUAUUUGUACAUUUGUAUCAACAGUUGCAUUGUGUUCUUAAAGAGCUAUGCAGUCUAUAAAAGAAUUUUAUCGUAACACUAUAGACUUGGUAUAGUUCUAGAAUAUUAGUAAAUGUUGUCCACAAUUUUGAUACUACUUUAGGAAGUGUUUAACCUGUAUUUUGUAGAAAUUGUGUCUCUCCAGCAUCAACACGAUUCGGAAGUCUCAGUGAGGGAAAAACUGGGGAAGAUGCCAUUCAUGCAAACAGCAAUUUUGUGAAUGAUCGAUCUAUCUAUCAUCACAACCACCACCAUCCCGAUUGGGACCAUUCUGUUGUGUGGGGGAGUUGGGGGUGGGGGUAGGAAACCAUUUCAUUUAGUUUGCAUUCAGUGAACUGAAUAAAUAUGCAUGGGAUUGUAGCCUGAAUGAUGUAAGAUUAAAUUUUAGCUGUGAAUGGAAGAAGGUGUAAGGAGAUCAUUUUGCAUUUAUGAAAGAAACUAAAACUUGAUGCUCAGCUGGUAGCUUUUCCUUUUAAAUCGCUUUCUGAGUUGUAUGCAGUGGUGGAAAGUGCAUAUAAAGCGGUGCAUCCAAUCUUCUUCAGCACCCCCUGUCCAUUGCAAUGACUGGCACCCCGAGACGCUGCUCCUGUGGAUUGGAAUACCCUUUAGAACAGUAUAUGAUAUAGCACAGAGAACAGCAGUGGGAAGCGGGGUGUUUGCAAAAAUUACACAGCCUCUGUGCUUUUUGCUGGUGCAAAGUCACUACUGAAUACAACCCUCUUUAUAACAUUCCAUGUCAGUUUUAAUUUGGACAGUAACCAAAGGUGAUCAUGAAUAAAUUAGGUUCCAGUUAACUGCACACAAAAAGAAUUCUAAUUAUCCCACAAGUGGGGAAAGCUGUGGAUGACCCCGUAGGCGGAGCUAGUGAAGAACAGGAGCAGAAGACGGAAAUUGGUUUAAUGGGGUUCACCUCAACCCCAACAGUUAUUUGGAGAGGACUUUUAUGAUUGUUGAUGUGCAUGUGUGAACAUUAUAACGAUAAAAUGCUCAAAACAUUUUUACUUUGGAAGGCUAAAGUUUUGUUGUGAUUUAUGCUACUUUUCUGGUUUUUAAUGCUGCAAUGAAAUUUUUAGUGCUCUAUUUUAUUUUUUAAACAUGUCACAUGGAAAAAAUGGUUUGAAAAGCAGGACAAAAUUUUUUUUAAAAUUUUGUUAAUUGAUUAUGUACCCAGAAGGGGUUAGGGUUUUUUUCUAUGCAACUUAAAAGAUUUUAGGUGAUUAUCAGAAGAACAUAUUUAAAGAAAGUGCCAGUAGUGGCUUGUGAUAGGUGUAGCAACUAGAUAUUACCUUCAAAGAACAUUUCUAUCAGGGAAGGCUUGUUCAAAUAUGAUUCCUGCUAUUCUACACAUCUUUGUCAUCUUCCUCUGGAGUUUUUAUUUGCUUGGAUGGACAUUUAAUCACUCAUUUCAAGAAAACUCACAUUUAAUUGAUGACAGUGCAAUCCUGUGCAUUCUUACUCAGAAGUUCUGCUGAGUGCAAUAUGAUUUAUUCCCUGGUGAGUGUGUUUAGAAGUGUAGUUUAAAACUGAAUCUUUAGUUGGAUGGCAGACCCAAUUUAUGACAUUUUUAGUGUUCAUACUGGAGUCAGUGCAUUUGCCACAAGUGAAAUGCCCUUUAGCAGGUACUGAUGUGGUUGUAUGCAACAUCUUUCUUAAACAUUUCUAUAUCACACAUCCCUGAAUAAGGGAAUAUAGAAUUGUAGUAUUUGUAAUUUUUUAGUUUAGUUUCUGCAGAUCAUUUGAUGCACAUUUUUUUGUUUUGCAAUCUCCAUUCAGCAAUGGCAAGUACUUUGCCACCUUUCCCUAUCCAUACAUGAAUGGCCGGCUUCAUCUAGGACACACGUUUUCUGUAUCCAAAUGUGAGGUAAGAAAUUUUCCUUGUUAGCAACAAGCCUCACCAGGGAAAAUAAGUGUUCUUGUUCAGUCCUUGAGCCAUUUAAAUGUAGGCCAACUUUUUCUAGCCUGGUGACCUCCAGAUGCUGUUGGAGCACACCUGCCAUUCUCCCUGCCUAUUGGCCAUUUGGCUAAGUCUGAGGGUUAAAAGAGUGCAAAACAUCUGGAGGGCACCAGGUUGGGGAAGGCUGCUGUAGACUGGCCUAGAAAGCUCACUCUUGCAUAUUAUCUGUGUCUCAGAGCAAGAAGUGCUCUGAGACACAUAUAUAGAGGGGCGUCCUCAGUGAUUUAUAUCACUGUUGACACUCUUCAGAGAUCCGCUUACACGACACAGUUUUCAAAUAUUUGCAAGAUGUUUUUAUUUGUGCUUAUCCUGACUGGGGGGUAAAUGGAGGUUUUAGCAGUUGUUAAAGUUUUAUUUCUCGUAACCUGGUCAGAUAACGUGUUUUAUAUUAACUUUAAAAUAUGUAUUGUUCCCAGUGCGGAGAUUUUGAGAUGGAGCAAACAAAAAAUUUAAAUCACUGUAGAAUUUUUCUUUGCUCUAGGGAGUAGAAGCUCUCUAAAAUCUCCGUUGUGAAGACAUGAGGCUGUAUCCAACAAAGUCAUUGAGCUCAGGCAAUGAUUUGCACUGGGGCAGAUUGCAGGGGGUGGAGCAGGGAAGAGAGGGAGAGGAAAUUCCAUAGCAUGAGCAGAAGUCGUUCUAUGAACUCAGUAACUUAGCUGGGAAUUAAUAACUUUGCUUUUUCUGUUCCUUUCAAAUUGUGUGUUGUAGCAGUUGUAGUACCACAAAUAGCAGAAGGAAAGUGUGUGUCUUAAAAGCAUUUCCAAUGUUUACAACUAAAUGCAAGCACUUCUUAAUACUUCUAAACCACCUAUUUGUGUUUGAUCCCACCCAUUUUUCCAGUCCUGCAUGCUCUCCCCCUCCCUUUAUUUUUCUUGAAACUCGGAAGCUUACUUGAUAUAUGCUAUAUUAUUGCCAUUGUGAUCCUUUUUCCCACAGUUUGCAGUUGGGUACCAGAAACUAAAAGGAAAAAGCUGCCUGUUCCCUUUUGGACUACAUUGUACAGGCAUGCCCAUUAAGGUAAAAUUUGGGUUUUGUUUUCUUCUUCCUUUUUGGCUCUUAUGCUGUAUGACUUUUUCUAAAAAUAAAAUAUUUUUUAUAAACCAUUCCAUUUUUGUAGCAGGGGUACACAGAUUCUGAGUUUAGAAACAAAGUGGUGUGUGUGUGACAUGCUUUAAAUUUGGACAUCAGUAGGUAUAAAACAUGCACAUAGGCGUGUUAUGGUAAAAGAUGUGAAAAUUCUGGUUUAGCAUAGCUGUUUGAAUGAGUUCUUUCUCAUAGUAAUCAGUACUCAUGUGAGUGGCAUAGCAGUUGCUUCCAAAUAUGGGUUUAAAAUUUUCUCAGGACCCACAGAUCUCUUAGGUGUGCUGAAGGGUUUGGGCAUCCCUAAGUGGGAUUUUUAAUUCUCUCCCCGCCCCUUUGAACAUGUCACAUUCUGUUUCCCCUCUGCUUCAAAAACAGUUUGCUAGGAAUAGCAAGCAGAUGUUCGACCACUCAUUCCAAGUCUCUGUACAUGAAAGUAGUUACAUGGUCCUUUGGAUCCCUGACCAUAAUGUCCUAGUAUCUCCCGUGUUUCUGGUAUCAUGAAGAAAAUGUAGUAGAGCAACAGCUUGUUUAUUUCUAUGGCUUCUAGUAAGUUAGCUCUAAUUGCUGAUGCAGAGCAUUUCUUUUCAUCAUUUCAUUUUGAAGCUAAAAUGAAGAGACCCGUUCUUUAAAAUUUUUGCACACCAUAAGUGAGCCAGCCAGCCAGCCAGCCCUUUGAGGGAAUGGCAUGGCAGAUCACUUACUAUGCUGUCAACUUCAAUUGAAGAUGUGAUGCCAGGUUUGGAAUUGCAGAGGAAAAAACACCAGGAAGCAUCCAGAAAACGAACCGUCAAAACGAGAGACCAAGUGCCAGGAUGCUGAUGAAUAUUUAUUGUUAAAUGAAUAUUUAUUGGUAGCCUGGCAUGUUUCAGCCAAAAGUCUGCCUUUAGGGGCUUUAUAUACUUGCACAGCUAUCUGGAAUCUGCACAAGCAAAUAAGCAUAUUGGACCACCAAUAAAUAUUCAUCAGCAAUCCUGACACCUGGCUUUUCUUUUUGGCAGCAAGUUUGGAAUUGCCAAAAUAUUUUAUCCCAAGCCUUGCACUGUUGAAUCAUUGAUCCAUCUAUACUAACUGAGUCACUCCGGAUUUUCCCAUAGGCAUGUGCAGAUAAGUUGAAAAGAGAAAUGGAGCUGUAUGGCUGUCCACCAGAAUUCCCCGAUGAAGAGGAGGAGGAAGAGGAAGUGCCAAAGGGGGAAGAAGUGGUCAUCAAAGACAAAGCUAAAGGCAAAAAGGUAUAAUUUAAAAUAUAAAUUCUUUAUGGUGCUGUUGUAAGAUUGUUUGCAUCUUGGGGUACCGAUGUAGACUUGCAUAUAUCACCCAUAAAUGUGCAAAAAAUUAAUGGGCAUGUUCAUCCUAUGCUUAUGAAUAUAAUAAAACUGACAUAGUUCGUCUGCUUUACUUUGUCUAUUUACUUUGCUUUCUUAUUUUCUUUGAAGAGUAAGGCUGCUGCCAAGACUGGCUCUUCAAAGUAUCAAUGGGGGAUCAUGAAAUCUUUAGGUCUCUCUGAUGAAGAAAUAGUGAAAUUUUCAGAGGCUGAACAUUGGAUUGAUUAUUUCCCACCCCAGGCUAUUCAAGAUUUAAAGAGCAUGGGACUGAAGGUACUUGUUUAUUCUAAAAGUAUAACUUUUAAAAAGUCUUUCUCUUAGGUUAAUUUAUUUCCUGAGUGACCCUGUGAUGUUAUGCUGUAGAUCUUUUAGAAAUAAAAUGUUGAGUCACAAAGUUUGACAUCAGCUGUAACAGUGUUUCAUAAACAUCUGCCUACUUAUAGCAAAUGUUUUGGUUGUUCUUAUUUAGAGGGGAAAUAGCUUUGAAAGAUUGAGUUACAUCAGCAGUUAUUGUUGCAGGAAUUCUGAAGUUGGAAACGUUUACUUUUUCCGUUUUGAACAACUAAUGUCCAUGGCAUAUGACUUUUUAUUUUUGAAAGUCCCCUAGCUUUUAUAUUCAUCUUGCCAUGCCACGUGGAAUGGAGGCGAUGCGGUUCUAAAGUCCUCUUGGAAUUAGUUUCACAAUUUGUGAGAACUCUUGAUGGUGACACAGAGUUUCCAUAUAAACUUUUGGAACAUCAUGCAACUCCUCAUUUUUAUGAACUUCUAGGUAGACUGGAGACGUUCCUUUGUCACCACUGAUGUCAACCCCUAUUACGAUUCUUUUGUACGAUGGCAAUUUCUAACUCUGAGGGAAAGAAAUAAAGUUAAAUUUGGGAAACGGUAAGAUAGUCCUUUAAUAUAUUCGUUCUAUAAAACUUGAAGAAUUGAUUGACGUAUCCUCUUGCUUAGCAAUGUGUACCAUUUCAUAAACGUGGCCUGGGGAAUUCUUUGAUUAUAGGCUUUCUGAGCUCACCAGUCCAAUAGCCAAUAGCUUCUUUGGUGUGAGUGCUUGUGGAUAAUUCUGUCAAAUGUUGGAGAGUACAUGUGCACCUUUAAACUUUGACUGAAUUAUCCCAUUUAUGAAAUGAGAAUUAUUGACAUGAUCAGUAGUUUCCUUUUCAAAUGAAGUAAAAUAAAUGAUCAAAUUAAUAAAAGCAAUUGUCAGAAUUGCAAAUUAUUAUCCUGCAUUUUGUAAAUGAGUAGAUCAUUAAUUAUAUUGGUACAGGUGCUGUUGUUUUGCACCAUGAGAAACAGAGUGGUCAUGUGAUAUACACCUGCUUCUAUACUGACUAGAUAGAUGGCAUUCUAUUUCAGUAAAGUAAUAAAGAGAGCCUAUGUUAGCCAAGUAUUUUGACUUAGAUUGAGGAUCUUCUGUGGGAAGUGAAAGCCAAAUAGAAAACAAGAAACAGUGCCCUCUUCAGUCCUGUCUAGAUAGUAGCUUUCUCCUUGAAAUUAUUCAGCUAUGAGGAAACCAUUGAGAGCGUCUGAAUUUCAUUUUAAGCUGGCAUUGUGACCUAAACACAAAGGAUUUCCUGUUCAAUCUCUCUUGCACUUAUCUAAAUAAUGUAUUUAAUUUGUCUUUUAGAUACACCAUUUAUUCUCCAAAAGAUGGACAACCAUGCAUGGAUCAUGACAGGCAAACCGGGGAGGUAACAAAGGAUGUUUGAUUCAUUUGACUGCUAAUGAUAUACUGCAUUUGGACUGAAGAAAAUAAAGCAUUUACAGUCUAUUUGAAUCCUCACUUAAUUACUUUAAAUAUCUAAAUGAGAACCUAAAGGGGUUUAGGUAAAUUCUGCACAGAAGUCUUGUAGAAAUAGUUUGAUAUGGAAGCAGGAAUAAGUUUUUUUAUUGAGAGCGAAAAAGGACAAAAAUAAGAAAUUCCAUUGGCCAAUCUAUUUAGAUCUUGACCAGUGCAUUUGUUUAACUGGAAGCUUGCAUUUUUAUGUUAGAUUUUUCCACACAAUCCCCACUUAUUUAUUUUAGCUUUCUGAAAGUUUUAUCUUAGAAAGGAUACAUCAUGGGUUAUCUUAACUGCUGUCAAUUAAUAGGGGUAGUGGCUGACAUGCAGUCCAUUCUAGUUUGCCUCUGGGCAUCUGAUCAGACUGAAUAGUGGAAGUGGCAUGCUCAUUAUUGUUCAUGUAUUGUCUCUUAGGGUGUUGGACCUCAAGAAUACACACUAAUCAAAAUGAAGGUGGUCGAACCUUAUCCUGUAAAGCUAAGGUAAUUAUCUGCAUCUUGGCUAAUAAGUCUUUUUUGCAUUGUGAGGUUAAUUUGAUUAGGGAUCUCAUAGAUUACAUUCAUUAUAUAGAAACUGUCAGAAAUAAAGGGGUAGAAUUUCUAAUACAUAGUUUUAACUCCUUGGGACUUCCUUGGGAAUCGUCAUAUUCUCAAAUACUUUUCUAGACAACUUCUCCUUUCUUUUCACAGUGGCCUUAAAGGAAAGAAUAUCUUUCUAGUAGCUGCAACUCUGAGACCGGAGACCAUGUUUGGGCAGACUAAUUGCUGGGUUCGCCCUGAUAUGAAGUAUAUUGGCUUUGAGACCCUGAAUGGGGAUAUUUUUAUUUGCACACAGAGAGCUGCCAGGAAUAUGUCCUACCAGGGCUUUACAAAAACUAAUGGUGUAGUUCCUGUCGUGAAGGAGCUGAUGGGAGAGGUGAGCAAUGGUGUCAUCUAUUGUUAAUGUGAUUCAUGAGGCAGAGGAUGUGCCCUUAUACGGGCAGGCAAACUUUGAGAAAUGUUUAACUUGGAACUUGCAAAUUCCACUAGUGCAGAAAAGGCUAAGCAAGCCCUCCAGAUGUUGUUGGAAUCUCCACAUAAUCUUGAAAAUAAAAGUGGAGUCAUCUUCAGAACCAGCACUUAUGUGGUUAAAAUGAUACCGUGCUAAAGGGCAAAUUCUCAUACAAAAGCAUAGCACUGCAAAAAUGUAUGUUUUGUAUGCAUACAUAUAUAACAGAAAUCUGCUACUUAAUGCCUUACUCAGCUGUUGUGGUCUGGUUUCCGUGCCUUCCCUAGCAUUUCUCUGCUGCAUUUGACCUUUUCUGUAAGCACAAAAAGUAAAAUAUUGUGACUUGGUUUCAGAGAAACUGUGUGUAAAUGAAGGCACUAGGAUGUUUCAUUUGUAAGUGAUCCUAUGGCCAUAAUGUGGGAGUCACCUCAUCUUUAAAAAUAUUUCUUUUUUUGAGUAGGAGAUGCUUGGAGCUGCCCUCUCUGCCCCUCUAACAUCCUAUAAAGUUAUCUACACUCUCCCUAUGUUGACUAUAAAAGAAGAUAAAGGUAAGGUUGCUGUACCUUCUUCUGCAUCAGUUGCAUAUUGUGUGCAGAUAUAAUUAUUUUCUCAUGGUGUAAGCCCAUUCUAUCCCAUUUCUGCAUUAAUUCUUUUUUUAAAAAAAUCAGUAUGAAAAUUCAUAUUUAAACACAUGUUUAAUAACAAGAUACACAUUUAAAUAUGUAUUUCACACACAUUUCUAAAUGUAUUCUAUCCUGAAAUAUGAAAUUUUCAAAUUCCUUGUAAUGUUUUUUAAAGCUGUGAACUAUAGCACAAAAACUGGAGAGGUGCGAAAUUGAAGGGUUUGGGAGGUGCAAAUUAGGUCAGGUUGCUGAAAAAUGCAGACCAAAUGAAAUUCUCCAUCUGCACUAAACCAACAUUUAGCGUGAUGCUUACCAGACUGGCAGGUUUCUGGUUCACAUGCCUCUCCCUUCCCGUCCUUCUACACUUCUGGAAAAAGGAGUUCAGAAGUUUUUGCUUUCAGUUUUGCUUAACUGUGGUUUAGUGUUUUGUGCAAACAAGCACUGUGUUGUUGACAUUAAAUGCAGUUUAUUUUCAAGUCAGAUUGUUUCAAACAAACUAUAGUUAAUGUUAACCAUGCUUGUUCCUGGCAGAAUGUGAGAAACCUGUGGUAGGUUAAUUGUGCUCUUCAACUCACCCAGGCAAGAACCAUGCCACAAUAAUUUUGUAAAUUCCUCCACUCCUCCUCCCUCUCCCAUUCGUUUACUUCCAUGACAGAGCCCAUUAGAGAAAAGAUAGUAUCUUGCAGAGAAAAUUACUUAUUAAAAAAAACAGUAAAGAGAAAGAAGUAACUUUAAAGGGUACAGGUAAACAAGGGAGACAUAACUAACAAAAGGAAGAAUGAGUGGAGGAAGCGAUGAAAUUCAUAUCACGUGGUUCCUGCCUCGGUGAGUGGAAGAGACAAUUAACCUGCUGUAGGCUGGCCCACUUAUUCUGCCAGAAAACACCAAGUAAACUUAAAGCAAGAGCUGUAGUUGCUUUUAAAAAGCUAAGUCAGCCGUAUGACUGAAAUAUGGGAAUAAUCGCACCCUUGCUGCUCUAGUCAAAGGAUGUGGCUAAUUUUUAAUUAGCAUUAACUGGAUUUACGCAUUUGUUUUUGCGAGGUACAUGCACAUAGAAACCUUUUGGAAUAUUUGCAAUUAACUUUGCAUUUUUAUUCUGAAUUUUGCCAUAAAAAUGCAAAUGGGAUAAUAUGUGUUUCCUGCUUCUAAGGCACUGGAGUUGUCACAAGUGUCCCGUCCGAUUCCCCAGAUGACAUUGCAGCCCUGAGAGACUUAAAGAAAAAACAGGUGAACCGCUUAAGCCUGGGAAAACCUCAAUUUGCUGGCAACUGAUGGCCACAGUUUCUACAGGCGAUAGCACAAGCUAUUUCUUGCAGACACAAUAGAUGUAUUUGGGUAUGACAGCCUUCUGCAACCUGGUGCCCUCCAAGUGUUGUUGGAGUACAACUGCCAUAAUCUCUGAUUAUGCUAUCUGGAGUCAAUGGGAGUUGGAAUCCAACAAUAACUGGAAAGAGAAGGCUGGUGUAGGGUAUCAGAAGGCAAUGAAAAUGGGCAAAAUUGGGCUCUUCAUAAAACCUGUACAAUGCAUCAAUUAAGAUUUCUUUAAUGAAAAGAUGAAUCAGUUAAUUUCUCAUACAUCUGCAUGACAGUAAAAAGAAUUAUUUGGAGGCACAAAAGCAUAUGCUCCUUUAUAAUGCACGCUUGUUUUGGGGGCAGACAUUAUACUAAAAUAGGUGUUUUUUCCUCUGUGUGUGAGAGAGGAAAUGCCUGUUUUUAAAGUGAUGCUUGGCAGCUGCAAUUUUUUAAAUUGCUUGUAUUAAAAGUAAUGUGCUUUCUAGUUAAACAAGGCACGUUUUUAGUAGAUCAGAAGUUCAAUUCAUUAAUCAAAUUAUUGAGUUGAUUAAAUUUUGCAGUAAGGGCCAAGACCUGUUUGUCAGGUUUUUGUAGAUUUGAUUUUCAUAUUUGUUUUCAAUUUCUUCAUAGGCACUUCGAGCAAAGUAUGGCAUUAAAGAUGAAAUGGUCCUGCCAUUUGAACCAGUAAGUGCAGCAGAGAAGGAUUGUGCUGGGUGUUGGAAUGGACAAAGCUGUCAAUUUGUAUUCUCUGUUUAUUUUUCUAGUUCAGUUUAUUAUUAUUAUUAAAAAUUUUAUAUCUCCCUUUAUUCGAGGAUCACAGGGAGGUUUACAAUAUAAAAACACAAAAUAUACCAUAGCAACAAAGAAAAACAAGAAACUCUCAACGCAUAAUUUAAAAGGCGAUAGAUAAUUUAAUUAACCAAAAGCCUGGGAGAAGAGGAAUGUUUUUCCUGGAGCCUAAAGAUAUGAGUUUUACACAUUUCCACAUCAGUGUGCAUUAUUUUAAAAGAGAAGCAUUUUAGUGUGCAUUUCUCCUAACGUACAAAUUCUGUACGCAUUCUAAUUUUGCAAUUUUGCCUGAUAUGCACAGUAUUAUAGGCUAUUCCCCCUAAUAUAAUUUAAAUUAGUAUAUUCAUUUUAAUGUACACUUUCCUCUAGUAUACACAUUCCGUAUUUGGUCAGAGAACUUGAACUUGAUUCCAAAAUGUGGAAGAAUACAAAUUUAUUUCAGUUUGUGGGGGUUUUUUUAGGGGGGAGUGCAAAUCUGGCAGGUUUUUAAUGCAAAACAAGCCAAAAACUGACCUCACCCCUAGUUGGGUGUACAUGUUGGUCACCUGUGUUAUCUGAGGGAUUUAUGUGUUUGUGUUGGUCUGCUUUUUCUGUUACGUAUGUCAUAGCUCUAGCCCUGCUAAAGUACUGCAAAGCCAGGGGUGCUGUGAGACUCAUUGAGAAUCCCAUAGACUUGCCUUCUAGUCUAUCAAGAGGCCUGAGUCAGCCCUAUUAAUUCUUGAAGGAAAAAUGCACAGCUGUGUGACUCCAUCUGAAAGUCAGAUCCGGCUGUCUGAUCUUUGGCUUCGCUUUGAUUAUGUAUUUUGUUGUUACUUGCAUGUUGCAGGCACAGGCCAGGCAGCUAUGCUUUUGAUGCAAAAUUGAGAACUGGGUGCCUAUUGGAUAACUUUUGAAGCCAAUGCAUGUAAAAUUAAUUGCCUCAAUAAGUCCAGUGAACCUUUGAUCACUGAGGAGUAACAGGUUUAAGAAGCAAAACCCAACUUUGGUAUAGCAAACAAACCCGAAAUUCAGCAUAUAAUAUUCUGCCCAUCUGUCAUAUAGGUGUGAGAACCUUGCAUAUACAGUGGUGCCUCGCGAGACGAAAAGAAUUUGUUCCGCGAGUCUUUUCGUCUUGCGAUGUUUUUCGUCUUGCGAAGCACGGUCCGUCGCAACUGCGGCUCUUCAAGAGGCUUUAAAAAAAAAGCGCAAGACGUUUUCAUCUUGCAAAGCAAGCCCAUAGGGAAAUUCGUCUAGCGAAGCAACGCAAAACCGAAAAACCCUUUCGUCUAGUGAGUUUUUCGUCUUGCGAGGCAUUCGUCUUGCGGGGCACCACUGUAGAUGGAAUUAAACAGGCUUCACUUUAUUUUCUCUCUCCCCACUCCCCGCAUAGUUUACAUUCCCUGCCCUUCAGACAGUAAACAAUGCACAUACUGUUGAAAAACCAUAAAAUGAAGAUCCCUUUUCUUUGGAGGCUUUUGGAGUCAUGGUUGAAUCCCCUGCAAAACUCUUUGAUUUACUUGCAUGAUUGAAAACAACUAUUUUACAAUGCUAUGUGCUAUUCCCAGGUGCCCAUCAUUGAGGUCCCUGGCUAUGGCAACCUUUCUGCUCCGCUGAUCUGUGACGAGCUGAAAAUCCAGAGUCAAAAUGACAGAGAGAAACUUGCAGAAGCCAAGGAAAGAUUAUACCUGAAAGGAUUUUAUGAGGGAGUAAGUAAAAAAUUAAGAUUUUCACAAGAGGGUGUGUGUGUUAGAGAAGUGAAUUUUGUUUCUUUUUUUGUGGAGAUGUUGUAUGCCACCACUUCUGCUUUUUUAAAUAUAAGGGUGAAAAGGAAUUCAUCCCAACUCUGAUUGCUUGGUGACUCAAUGGAUUUGAACACACCAUUUUCUUUAUUUACUACAGCCUUUCCCAACUUGUUUUGGACUCGCCUCAGCUAGGCAAUGGUCAGGGCGCUGGGAGUUGUAGUCCAAAGCAUCCGGAAGGGCACCAGGUUGGGAAAGCUAAUUCACUUUAUGGUUUGUUUCACUGAAUGCAAGACUUGUCCUGUUCUCUUUUGGUCUCUCUGUGUUCCUUUGGAUACAUAACUAAUCUGUAACUAGUACAGUCAUACCUUGGAUCCCGAACGCCUUGCGAGUCUAACGUUUUGACUCCGGAACGCCACAAACCUAGAAGUGAGUGUUCUGCUUUGCGAACAUUCUUUGGAACCUGAACGUCCAGCAUGACUUCCGCAGCUUCCAAUUGGCUGCAGGAGCUUCCUGCAGUUAAUCGGAAGCCGCGUCUUGGUUUCCGAAUGUUUUGGAACUCGAAAGGACUUCCGGAAUGGAUUCCAUUCGACUUCUGAGGUACCACUGUAUUUGGUAUGUAUGGACUGGCUAGGCUUCAUUCAUUUUAGGCGAUUUUCAGACUUUGACCUGUUUGGAUUUAGGGAUACUUCUCAAAAAUUGCCUUCUGUUGAAUCUAAGGGAAGGCUGGAUCCAGAAAACUUAGUGGAAGGGGGAAAAUCCUAGUGAUUUGCAAACACAAGCACUAGCAAAAGAUUCAUGAAGUACUAUAUAGAUAGGUUUUAUGGCAGUUCUCAUGCUUACAAAAGUGUAAGUGCAACUAAAGCAUUUCUUUUAACUUUUCUCGCUCGGUGCCUUAGAGUUAUAUACGACAAACACUUGUAUGUGAGGGAAAGAUUAUUUUCACAUGAGGAGUGGCAGCUAUAGUUCAGGUAGUCAACCUUUUAACCAGAGAUGCCAACUCUGUAACCAAACCUCUUAUGCCUGCAAGGCAUGUGCUCUCCCACUGAAGCUCCUUUUUAAACUCCUAUUACUUUUCCAUAACAAAGUAUGUCCAACACCUUUUGUCUUCGUAUUAAAAGAGGCUUGAUAUUCAAGACUACUAGAGAUUGAUUUACCCAGGGGGUUUUCAAGUGUCGUAAACAGAUGUGUCUUCUUGAAGUGUAAUGGCUUGCUUUCAUCAGACAUGUAAAUUAGACAUCCCUUUAUACAUUUGAGUCUGUUCUUAGAGUAGCUUUGUCCAUUCACAUUUAAGGCUAUAAAACUAAACUCUGAUUUACUCAUGGGACAAUUUAUCAAGUGUGUGGGUUUUUUAAAAAAAAUUGCACACGGGUAUUCUAAAAAUAAAAAAAACUGAAAUUCCUUAUUACAGGCAGCUUAAUUGAAAUUCUGUGGUCCUCUACUGCCUGUCCACACCUUGUCCCCUUCUUCUGUUGUUUCCCUGUGUCUGUUCUAGAUUGCAGGCCUCUUGGGGUAAGGACCAGUCAUAUCUGUUCUUUGUGAAGUGUUAUGCACAUAUCAGAGGUGCUUUAUGAAUGAAUGAAUGAAUGAAUAAAAUUUUGCUGCCAUUUUGCGCAUAUAUAUAUAUAUAUAUAUAUAUAUCCUUUGAUGUACUCUGUUUUGAAGAGUUAUUUCGCUUUUGAGGUCAGGAGAUAAAAUUUCUAGGAUUAAAACCACUGAUUCAUUUACAAUUAUUGGAUUUAUGUGGGUUUCUUGCAGGCAUCCUCUAGGAGGAAAAGGGACGGAGACCAGCUUCCUCACAUAUAAACUGGACUUCUAAAGCAGUUUGUAAUCUCUGCAAUGACUUCCCUUUUCAGAUAAUGCUCGUGGAGGGAUUCAAAGGCCAGAAGGUGCAGGAUGUCAAGAAGCUUAUUCAGAGGAAGAUGGUAGACAAUGUGUGUAGUGGUUUGUAUUGUAUUUUAAGAUUAUACAGUGGCUUCCACAACACAGUUAUUGCUUGCUUGUCUCUACAGAGCACAGCUUGAUUUUUUGAAACACAAUCGUAGCCACGUGAAACUAAGCAGCACUAAGUCAAGUGCUUUGGUUUUGUUGCAAAACAGAAAUUAUUAUGCUUCACCUGUCAAAUAGAAAUAGCUGCUUUAUUUAGAUGGGUGCUUUGAAUCCUGUAGAGCUUGCUGUAUUCUUUAGUGAACUAAUCCUUAUCUGUUUGCUAAAGGCAAAGGUUUGUGGCUUUGAAAGUAACUGUUUAGGCAUAUUGGAGAAGAGCGGACUGUGGUGUGGUGACAUUUCUGUCCCUAUAAAGUUUUGAAAAGGAAAGACCAUGGGAGCAGGGAACUGAUGGGGUGGAGGUCUUCCUUCCUGCAGUCCACUGGCCUAUGUCAGCACAGAACUCCCCAUUUCUACCCACCAAAAGUGCAGAUGGGUAGAAAGCCCCCAAACAGGGCGUUGGGCUGGCUUGGGAUCCUUAGGCCUCUGAGCUACCCCCCACAGUUUCAGGCCUGAUCUAGGCCCGAUAUCUGUGCCAGAGACAUGCUGGCAUAACCUGGAACAAGCUUUUGCCUACCCCCCUGCCUUCUGUCCCAGCUAGUGUGAGCAAAGGGGCUGGGGAUGCUCUGUGGGUUCCACUGCCCUAUCAUGCCCCAUUGUUGCUUCACUUGGGCUUUAGAUUGCUCUGCAGUUUUGAAUUCUUCCUAUCUUACCAUGCAGUGGUUAAAUCUGGUGUACUUGCACAGUUCUUUCACAAGAGGGCAGCUGAAGUACUGAGAAUCAUGACUUUUGUUCCAUUGGCUUGAUGCUGUCCAUCUUUUUGAGAUUUUCUUGAUUGUGGAAUUAUUUUUAUUGCAUCAGUAAAGCGUUUGCUCUGGAUGGUCCAGGUUGUAGAAAAUAAAGCUCCAUAAUAUAGUCAUGUAAUGACAAUGAGUCCCAUUGUAUAGACAAAGGAACAGUCAAGCAUGAGUUGAAAGCCAUGCACAUGGGACAAUUGAGUUGCCACAGUUAGGUAGCUGCUUCCUUGAACUGCCUUGACUAUUGCUGAGCAUAUUCCCACUCUUGUGCCACAGAAAUUAAAUAAACUCUGUCCCUGUCUGCUCUUCCAACAGAACUGGUGAGCAUAGGUUUGGAUUAUUAAAUUGCUAUUAUUAGUCAAAUGGAAUUCAGGAUAGUUGCAUGGCUAAAGCUACUUCCCUAUUUCAUAAAUAUUCCCUUUUUUUGUCCCAGCAUUGUAAUCCCAUCCUUUUCUUUAUUUAGCAUGAAGCAAUGGUUUAUAUGGAGCCAGAGAAACAAGUCAUAUCUAGAUCUGCAGAUGAGUGUGUGGUGGCUCUUUGUGACCAAUGGUGAGUUGGAAGGAAAGAUGGAGCCAAGUUAGUUGCAUCCCUCACCGCCCUUCAUUCUAAGUCCUUUUGUCUGAUUUUUAGGUACUUGGACUAUGGUGAAGAAAACUGGAAGCGACAAACUUUUGAAUGUUUGAAAAACCUUGAGACGUAAGUUGUGGGGGAUAGGGACAAGGUAGAUGUGGGCUGACAUAAGCCCAGGAAGAGACAGCAAGGGUUAAUUAUCUUGCUUUUUCAGGUUUGGUGAUGAGACACGAAGAAAUUUUGAAGCCACUCUGGAUUGGUUGCAAGAACAUGCCUGUUCAAGGACAUACGGAUUAGGUAGGAUAAAACUUUUCCUAUUGUUUAAUUGGGAACUCUUGGCUAUAGGAGCAAUUUAAUAUUCUAAAUAUUUUUUAAAGCAUAUCUGCAAUGGCUGAUUCCCAUAGAGACAACAUACUCAGAAAAAUUAACAUCUGUCAUGAGCUGAAAUCAAGGCACACCUCACUUUUCCAUGUAGAAGCAUAUUCUAGAGAUCCAUAUAACUCCAAUGAGGAGUAUUGAUUCAGAAGUAGCUUGGGAUAGGACCCCCAAGUGUCACUCCCUGAAAAACUCAAGCGUGCUCCUUUCAGGUGUACCUCAAUUUCUAAGACGUUGAGUGAGUCACAGUUUACCGUACUAAUGGCUGCCAAGAGAGACAAGCUGAUAAAUAUUGGGUUGUUUUAAUCUGAAAUGUAAAAAGGCUCUUAAGCGUUUUUUUGUUGACAACUAAGGAAUGUGCUGACUACAACACAAAUAAUUUAUUUUGCUAUAUUUUUAGGCACACGUUUGCCUUGGGAUGAGCAAUGGUUGAUCGAAUCUCUCUCCGAUUCCACUAUCUACAUGGCUUUCUAUACGGUUGCUCAUCUCCUCCAACAGGGUAAUCUCCGGGGACAAGGACAGUCUCCAUUAGGGAUCAGGUGAGAAGAAAAGUUUCCCAGGGUAUAGUGUUUUACAUAAUAAUAAUAAUAAUAAUAAUAAUUUAUUAUUUAUACCCGUUCGAAAGCACAUCAAAGUGCAAGUAGAUAAAUAGGUACCGCUCCGGCGGGAAGGUAAACGGCGUUUCCGUGCACUGCUCUGGUUCCCCAGAAGCGGCUUAGUCAUGCUGGCCACAUGACUCGGAAGCUGUACGCCGGCUCCCUCGGCCAAUAAAGCGAAAUGAGCGCUGCAACCCCAGAGUCGGUCACGACUGGACCUAAUGGUCAGGGGUCCCUUUAUCUUUUUAUCUGGCUGGGUUUCCCCAGCCACUCUGGGCGGCUUCCAACAGAACACUAAAAAUCCCUGCCAUUAUUAUAGUGUCUUCAUGUUGAUUCACACUGUGUACCAGGUGAGGAGUCUGGAACGAAUUCGAUUCUUUGCAGGACAACUGUAAACUGCCACAUAGUUAGAAAAAAUGGUUAUCAGAAACCACCCUGAUUUUUAAUGUUAGUUCUGUUUCCCCAGGAAAUGAAAAAAGUGUUUGAAAAGAGAACCAGAUGGCUAAUCUUCACCUUCCUGGCAAUCUAUCUGCAAUCAUAAAUAGUUGAGGUUAACUAUCCCGUUAACUGCUUAUGUAGUCCACCACUAUGCAUUCAGUACGGUAGAUAUAUCUUCAGAUAUAAAGGCUAUUAUAGAACCUCUAGCAAAGGCAUGGGGAACCUGUGGUCCUUCAUAUGUUGCUGGACCACAACUCCCAUAGUCCUUGACUAUUGGUUAUGUUGGAUGGGGAUGAUGAGAUUUGGGAGUUCAUCAACAUCUGAAAGGCCACAGGUUCCCCAUCCUUGUUCUCAAGUUCAAGUUUAUUGCGGCCAAAGCCAGUGACACUAAACACCACAAGAUCAGACAACAAGAAAUCAGCAACAACUUCAGAAAAGAAAAAAGGUUACACAAAAGAACUUCACAUCCUUGUUCUAUGAUCAAAACUCUUUCUUCAAGCAAUUUUCUCAAUACCAAAUUGUCUAAUUUGACCUUCCAGCAUUAUUGCUUCUCUUAAACUUAAGGUUAGUCUUCUGUGGCAUACAAGAUGAAGGAUUAUAGUUUUGUAUUCAGUAUAGAAUGUUAAUUAGCUCCUGUCUUCUUGCUUCAAAAUGUCUCUUUCUAAUGAGGUUACUGCUGUGGUCGAUUAUGCAGUGGUUACUGCUGUGGUCAAUUGCACUUUUAAAUUGGGGAGUUAACUAGAUGAAGGUGGAGCAUAUCUUCUCUGGGUGAAGCCACAGAUGAAUGCUUUAGAAAUGGAAAUCCUAGCGAUAUUCCAGCACCCUCAUUCCUUUUUUAAACCUGAAGGUAACUGAAGACAGGAGGAUUGGUACAAAUGAGGGCUAUUUUUCAUAGGAAUAAUCUUUUUAAGGUAGCGUAGUGUCUGGUGAGUCUUUCCUCUGAACUCUUAAUUGGACUGCAUAGCAGUUGUCUGGCUCGCUUUUUCUCUCAUUAGAAAAAGCAGAGUGAAAUGAACAGAAUUUUAGCUUCACAGGAGCACUUCCCUUUGCUCCCAUUGCUCUAGUCAAAGUUUGUGGCUAUCUAAGAAGUCAUUACGCAAACCCUUCUAUUGCAUUUGAUGUCUUAAUUCAAAUUUGCUGAUUAAAUUUCUAAAGGGAAAUAGAAAAUUGAGUUAAGGUUAAUCCAAGCAACUUCUUUAAUAACAUUUUCAAAGAAUGUACGUAUGGCUCAAGUCAAGACAUAGGGUGGAAUUCAGGGUGGCUCUAUUGAAUUUAGCAUCUGCGAAAGCGUGUGAGCUUGCCAGACAGAAUGAUUCCCCCUAACCCCCAUGUGCACUAUUCUGGGGGUUCUCUUGAACUGCCCCAAGCCAAUUUGGGGUGGCACAUAGGAGGAGGAGACAGGGCAAAGCCCCUUGAACAGGCAGAGGCUCUUGUGAAACUUGCCCAUAUGAGUCACCACUCAAUCUGUAUGUGACUCUUAAUUCUGGACACAAGGAAAUUUACAGUUGUAUAUUUCCCCAUAUACAUUAUACCUGGAAUGGGGGGGUAUUUUCAUACCUCAAAUUGGAAAAAAAACCAUUUCUGGCUUUGAAAAAAUGGCUUUGAAAAAAUAAAUAAAACCAAGAACUUUUACUAUUAAUGAGGUGCAAACCUGGAAUGGUAACGGAGUGUUCCCACAUGUGUGAACUCUAUUCUCAAUGGCAGAUGUUGGCAUCAGGUCUAGUGUGGCUGCAGCCCAGGUUCAAAAUGUAUUCUGUAUUUUUAUGCUUUGAACUACCCUGAGAUAUUCAGAUGAAGAGCGGUGUAAAUAUUUAACAAAUAAAUAAAAAUGAAUAGGAGUCUUGGUUUGCAGGUAGUACUUUGUCUCUACAGUCAACCCAAUGUGUGCUAUAUUGAUGGCACAUUAAUGAGAUUUGUUACUAGUUGAAAUGUUCACCCACUAUUUCUAGUUUGUGGAGUCAAGGGGGUAAUCUCUCGAUUCUGAUCCAUACUCUAACUUGGCAACAUCUGUCUUAAACCCAUCAAUCAGCCUAGCUAUAACUGGUUCAUUUAGGAGCUUGAUGAGAAAUGCUAAACUGGCUUUUUUCUGGAUUACAACCUUUAACUUGUUUUCUCCUGUCAGUAUUACUUUUAAAAAAAGAACGAGGACAGGAAAAAUGUAUUGUCAUGGUAGUGCUGGUUUGUGAAACCUGUGGCCCUCCAAGUAUUGUGGACUCCAGCUCCCCUCAGGCCUGACCAGCAUGGCCAGUGGCCAAGGAUGAUGGGAGUUGUAGACUAGAGACAUCUGCACAACCACAGCUUCCUCAGCCCUGUGGUGGUUCAUGAAUGUAGAAGGCUUAUGUCAUACUAUGUGUAACUGAGCAGCCUAGUAGAAUGUAGAUGCAGAGCUUUGUACAGUGGUACCCUGGUUCUCAAACUUAAUUCAUUCUGGAAGUCCAUUCCAAAACCAAAGCGUUCCAAAACCAAGGCAUGCUUUCCCAUAGAAAGUAAUGCAGAAUGGAUUAAUCCAUUCCAGACUUUUAGAAACAACCCCUCAAACAUGCAAUUUAACGUGAAUUUUACUAUCUAAUGAGACCAUUGAUCCAUAAAAUGAAAGCAAUAAAUAAUGUACAGUGGUACCUUGGGUUACAUACGCUUCAGGUUACAGACGCUUCAGGUUACGGACUCCGCUAAUCCAGAAAUAGUACCUCUGGUUAAGAACUUUGCUUCAGGAUGAGAAUAGAAAUUGCACGGUGGCGACGCGGCGGCAGCAGGAGGCCCCAUUAGCUAAGGUGGUGCUUCAGGUUAAGAACAGUUUCAGGUUAAGAACGGACCUCCAGAAUGAAUUAAGUAUUUAACCCGAGGUACCACUGUAUUGCAGUCACGCAAUCAAUCAGUAGCUGAACUGGGUUCCACACAGUCAGCAAAAACAACAAAAAAGAGCCGCAAAAACAAAAAUGCAAAAUAAAUAGCAAAAACAUACAGACUUCAGCGUAACACUCAAAUCAGAAGUGUAACACUCAAAACGGAGCACGUUCGGCUUCUGAAAAAAGUUUGCAAACCGGAACAUUUACUUCCGGGUUUGCAGUGUUUGGGUUCCAAGUUGUUUGAGUACCAAGGUGUUUGAGAACUAAGGUACCACUGUAUACUUUGUUCUGUAUACACUGUAGUACUUAUACUUAGCAGCAUAAUAGAUGCUUAAGAUAACUGUCACUAUUUCUCCCCUGCAUAACUUUUGUCCUAAUCUGUGCAGGGCAAACCAGAUGUCCAAAGAGGUUUGGGACUACAUCUUCUUUAAGACAGCGCCAUUCCCAGCAACAAAGAUCCCCAAAGCAGCUUUGGAUAAACUGAAGCAGGAGUUUGAGUAUUGGUAUCCAGUGGAUCUACGUGCUUCUGGCAAGGACCUUGUUCCGAAUCACUUGUCAUACUACCUUUAUAAUCAUGUGGCCAUGUGGCCAGAUCAAAGGUUGGUUUGAAGUACUUUCAAAUCUUUAGCUGCAGCCAUACACACAGUCACAAUAAGUCUUCAUUGCAGACCUCUUUUGAGUUCAUCUGAGGCCUGAAAGUGAAUUGCUCCUGUACAGAGGAAGAGACAUUUGCAAGAUCUGUGUGGGAUUAAAACAUGGCUAUAACUUUAUUAAACAGCUAAUAGGCACCUGAGCCUCGAUUUGAUCAUUCUUCCCUCCAGUUAUACAAUGCAGAUUAACUAACACUUAAUUGAGGCUUUGGGAAUGGCUAUCUCCUGCUGCCUCCCAGAUGGGUUGUCCUCACUCUGGCUCCAAGCCUAAGAAUAGUAGUGUGUCUUGCACUGUUCAUUGCCAACAGCCUUCAAUGUGCACCGAGGAGGGCCUGUCAUAGUUGCUUGUCCACAAGCCCGAAUGUCUUCAGGGUCAAAAGAUUGCUAGGCCUCAAGGAAUUUGGUUCCCCAGGUGCCCUCCAGACAGUGUGCCUUGAUUGAUUUGGAUAAGCCUCACUUCACUACCUGGGUGCCUUGGGAUGCUCACCGUCUUACACUAUUUUCAAGAGCUCAGUGUUCAGAGUGUGUUGCAGAAUAUGUAUGUUGUGAACUGGACACAUAUAUAAAAAUAAAUAAAUAAAUGUUUUCUGGCCCUUCCAUCUUGGAGGAUAUGCAAUCAAAGUUUUAAGAACAAGCACCAUACAAACUGCAGCAAAGCUUUAUUCUAAUUUGUGUAGUUUCUCUGGGUGGCAUGAAGGAGGCCUCCAGAACAACCAAGGGUUUCAGUGUCAGGCCUAUUCAACCAGGAUAGUUGAAUCCAUGUGAUCUAGGAGACAGUAGCUGGUUCUUAUGUUCCAUUGGUUCUGUUAACAUGGUAUUUCGUUGACAUAUAUGCUUUUUGAACCUUAACACAUCCAUUGCAUUUGAGCAAAGACAUAGUGCAUGUCCUGCAUUUCUUUUCCCUUGAAGAAUAUUGUCAUCCCUGUGGCUCUGCUUCUGGGAGGGCCUUUAAAAGUUUAAGAAAAAUAAAAGAAUCUUUUUCAUGUAUGUCUUCUAAUGCAGAGAAAAAUGGCCAGUAUCUGUAAGAGCAAACGGGCAUCUCCUCCUAAAUUCAGAGAAGGUACUUUAUUUGUUUAUACUUUUGUGAUGGUUAGGACUGACAGAUCUCAACAAUGAAAACCAGGCAGAAAUCUUUAUUUGGGUAGAGUGACUGAGGGUUAGAAUGAAAUGAAUAUAAAAAUGUCUACGUGUGAGUGUUGGUGUGUGUUUAUUUCAGGGGAGUUCAGUUUUAUUAUUGUUCUCAUGGAUAGCACAUUGCUUAACUUUUCUCAUCAGAUAGUGGACAGAUUUCCUGUAACCCGCCUCUGUUUGACAUUCCUAUCCCACAGAUGUCUAAAUCUACAGGCAACUUCCUCACUCUGUGCGAAGCUCUGGAUAAGUUUUCUGCUGAUGGUAAGAGGGCAUAUUAGCUUGGCAUUGGAAAAAAAAAUCUGCUAAAACUGUUGGCCAGGUUAUACUGGUAAGCCUCAGCCAAAUUGGAAAACAAGAAUAGGGGGCACACUGGUUCUUCAUUUCCAGCUACUAGUGUAAAUUUUUAAUUUAACCCUUUUUUGUGUCAACCCAGAGCUAUUGAAGAAGGCACCAAAUUCAAAAUGAGCCAAAUUGCAUCUGGAAAGAAAGAAUCAGAAAUGCAACUAGUUAUAUUUGGAGCUGUGGCUACAGAAGGAGUUUGAAUUCAAGCCGGAUUACAAACCGUAGCAGGAAUUGGAAGCACAAUUAAGAGUGUGCUCUUGAUUUUUCCUUUGAAAUUGACUGCCCAUUAAUAAAUUGACUGAUUAAUAGGUGCCCAGCUCCACCCACCUGUCAAAGUGGCAUGGCAGGGAGGAGCUUUUGAUCUGGCCCACCAGCUAGAUCCAGUUCCUCACCCCUGCUGUCCAUGGAAAACAGGAGCUCCAGCUGAUCAACCUUUUCAGGUUGCAUAUUGGGAGGUCAUGACAGGAAGGACAUGCCAAUGCAUGAGAACUUCAAAACGUUUGUCAGUGCUAUUCUUUAAGCAUGUUCUUCCCCACUGAAAAUCUUUCUAACUGUUGUAGUUGCCUUCUGAAAUGUAAUUUCAAUGAAGUUGCCUUCUGAAAUGUAAUUUCAAUGAAGAGUUGCAGUGAUGCUGUCUAUGAUGUUUUUAGCAAUGUUCUCAGAUAUUGAUGUGGAAAAGUAGUUGGGAGUCAGGCUGUACUGUCCUUUUUACAGGGCACCUGAUGUUCUAACACUGACUUGGUUUCCUUCUAGGCAUGCGGCUGGCAUUGGCUGAUGCAGGUGAUACUGUUGAAGAUGCAAACUUUGUGGAAGCCAUGGCAGAUGCUGGCAUCCUCCGCCUGUACAACUGGGUCGAGUGGGUGAAGGAAAUACUUGCUAACUGGGACAGUUUGAGAAGUGGGCCUGCCACCACCUUCAACGACAGAGUUUUUGCCAGGUACCAUGAACAAGACCAACUUUCUAGCUCAGAAAAAAAAUGUGGAUCCCCCCCAGGACUGUUAUGUAUAAUCAUGUUAAAUCACAGAUUCCUGCAUGUUGGCACUUCUCUUUUAUUUCGAUCUAACUAUAACUUUCUCUGUUCUUCUCUUCCUCCAUGCCCUGCCCAGUGAAAUGAGUGCAGGCAUCAUGAAAACAGAUCAAAACUAUGAGAAGAUGAUGUUUAAGGAAGCUCUGAAAACAGGCUUUUUUGAAUUUCAGGUAGGCUGUCCACUUUCUGUAGCACAGGAUUUUAAAAGUUUGAAACUUAAAAUACAUUUAAAGAAUGCAAUAACAGUUGGUGGUAAAGCAGUUGGUUUGAAAUUUUGCUGCCUGCUAGAAUAAUAGUUUUACUUGGCUCUGCUACUUCUGACCCUUUAGUGGGAGAUGCCAGGGAUUUAACAUGCACACAAUUCAGCACUAAACUAAGACCUCUCCCACAGUGGCCGGUCUGCUUUUGCUAUGUUGUGCAGCACAGAUUUAGCAUUAUGCUAGAAGGGUAGGUAGAAAGACAUAAAAUUCAUAUUCCUGUAGCCAGUAGUCUUUGUUAAGCAUUAUACUUCCACAGGAUGUUAUUUCCCUUCUGACAACCAGGGAUUUACAGUCAUUGGCAGGCAGUAAAGCGGGAGGGCCAAUAAUUAAAGAAAAAAUUGUUUCCUUUAUCUCUCUCUUCUUUUAGCAAACUUAAUUUUAAUCAAGGAUGGAUGGAUCAGAAAAUGUAUUCCUGCUGCCAUUAAAAAGCAGGAUGUUUUUCACUUUAGUCCAUAAGGUGUCAGCAACUCUCCAAAAUAUCUGCAGCAGCAUAUUGCUUUGCUUAAUAAUGAAUUGCUCUGACUCCUUUACGCAGCUGACUUUCAGGAGUGUGGUUCGGCUGGCUGAACUAUGUGCAUAAUAAUCUAUCAUAUUUAUUGCCUCUUUUUUUCCUUACUACUUAAUGGUAGCUUUUUAUGUGGGCCAUUCAGAAUGAUAGUGCCUAAUAUACAGUUACAGUUAUCCUUGACUUUUAUGUCUGUGCCGAUAGAUGUCUUUUUUAAGAGCCAUAAUAAUGUAAAGCUAUAUAAUGUCCCACUGGCAGAAUUUCAUUUGGUCCUAAUCCCAGCAGGUUUUUUUAAAAAAUAAAAAAUAUGGUCCUUUUAAUAAUCCAUUAUAGGAUUAUAAGUAGUUUAUGUUUUAAGGACAUAUUAAAGCAAGGAGAUUGGCUUUUAUGCAAUGCUUUUCCAUGACAGUUAGACUGUUUUUACGGUGCUUGUGCUGGCUCUCUUUCAGGCAGCAAAAGACAAGUACCGUGAACUAGCUAUCGAAGGAAUGCACAGGGACUUGGUGCUCCAGUUUAUCGAAUCUCAGACUCUCCUGUUGGCUCCAGUCUGCCCUCAUGUGUGUGAACAUAUUUGGGCAUUGCUGGGCAAGGUAUGGCUGUUUAUUUAUCGCUAGUGAACCGCUUUGCAGUCGUCACAUUUUCCCUCUUUGUGAUCGUAUCUCAGCUAAAUAUAGCAGUUCUGCAAACCAAGCACAAUCCAUAGCCUUUGUAUGGCCCUAUUAGACUUCGUCAUUAUGUUGGAACAAGGAAGGUAAGAACUGUUCCUCUCUUCUAAUCCCAGUGUCUGUUGUUAACUCAAAUUUAAAGACUGACUCCAUCAUGAAAGCUUCCUGGCCUGUGCCUGGCCCUGUGGAUGAAAUCCUGAUCCGUUCCUCCCAGUACCUCACAGAAGUAGCUCACGAACUCCGUCUGCGCCUCAAAAACUACAUGGCACCAGCUAAAGGAAAGGUAAAGGCCUAUGCCCCCCCCCCCCGCCCCGGCUGUUCCUACACUGGAUGGUUUUGAAGAAUCAUUCCCUCUGAUGAGAAAGGUCUCCUUUUGUUUUCUAGAAAGGGAACAAAGAAGCACCCCAGAAGCCAUCCCACUGUACCAUUUACGUGGCCAAGAACUACCCCCCAUGGCAGCACACUACGUUGUCUGUUCUGCGCAAGCAUUAUCAGGUGAUCAUCCUACCUAAAUUCCCUCCCAUUGCUUGCUUGUUGGCUUAUUGAACGGUUUUCCAUCCUGCCAUUCCACCAGACUGUCUGCAACAGGCAUAGGCAAACUCGACCCUCCAGAUGUUUUGGGACUACAGCUCCCAUCAUCCCUGACCACUGGUCCUGUUAGCUAGGGAUGAUGGGAGUUGUAGUCCCAAGACAUCUGGAGGGCCGAGUUUGCCUAUGCCUGAUCUGCAAGGUGGCUUACAUUCCAAUAAUAACUGUAGUAAACCCAGCAGAGCAAUAUGAGAAACAGUACACAGUAACAGUAAUUUGUUAAAGCCAGUAAGAAAGAAAACAAGAAUGUCAGCUAUCUCCCCAUUUUACUUUAUUAUUUGCUUCUCUCGUCACUUUCUUCUCUCUGUCUCUCCUGAAAAUAAAACUAACUUGGCAUCAAGUUAUUGAAUCUAAGGGGGAAAUAAGUGUUUCCAGUGUUUUAAUAAGAUUAUUGCAGUUUGGUCGUAAUGUCCUUUUUGGGUGCGUGAUUAUGUUUGCUGUAUGACAUCAUUUCUAGUGAUGUUUUGGAAAUGGAGUUCAUUUGAAAAUGGGUUCAGCUUUGUUAUCCUUAAUCUUUUGCCAAAUGCAAAGCUUAGUUAGCUGCUUAUUUAAGUGCCUGUUCUGCUGCAGCAAUACUGGCUGUGUUCAGACGAGUGUAACUUCCUUAUUAGGCAAGGAGCUUUGAGGUCCACUCUAGUCUUUGGUGAGUAUAAUAAUUCUCUGGCUUUGUAAGAAAUAUACUAGAGCACAAUAAAUUCUUCUGCCUUAAAACUUGCAUAAUACUAAGAAAUCCGGCUUGAAAAGCUGCAGUCCCUGAAUUCUUAAGCUUCUGGAACUGAUCCUUUAACUCUUGUGGCACAAGAACAACAGCAGCACUCAAGCAGAACAGCUAAGUAUCAGAGUUGAUUUGUGGAUUCGCUGUGUCUUUUCAAACUGCAGUAAUGUGGUUAAAUUAAUUUUCUUCUAAUUAGGAACAAGCAUGUCUUUGUAACUUGGUGUCCACUGCCAUCAAUCCAUAUUGAACAGAAAGAAUAUGGAUCUUACUAACAAGGCAGAAUGAAUUGUACUUUCCCAUUUACUUUGGGGCUCCUAUCGAUGAAGUUAAAUUGUAGUGUGAACUUGGGGAGAGGUUGGGACACUGGUGCUGACAGCAUGUAAUGUUUCUCUCUCCACCCCACCCUUCUUUAUUCUUUUAAUAACCCUGUGAGAUAGGUUAGGGUCAGAGAAAAUGAUCUGUGGCCACCCAGCAGCUUUGUGGCUCCAUGGAAGUUUGCCCAAGGGUUUCCCUGGUCCAAUGCUGUAACCACGACACCACCCUGCAGUUCUUUGCAUGUGGCACAUGAAAAAUGCAGUUGUGUGAAAGUGGUAGCAGAGAAAGUGAGAGAAACAGAUGCCUGAAAUUCCUUUCUCCUGCAGUGGAAGCAGACAUAUGUCCAAGCAUGGAUCCUAGCAUACCUUAGGGCCCGCCAAGCCCAAAGAAGCCCAUGUAUUAGGAGUUAUCAGGUUGCUCAAUAAACCUGCCUCUCUCUUGAUCCUGUUUUUAUAGUUCUAGAAGCCAGUACAAACAAGAGGCUUACUGUGCUCUUCGUGGGCCACGACACAACGGCACUGCUGUGUGCGGCGUGGUAGAUUGCAGCUUGUGAAGGACUGAGCUCAUAGAUUUUUCUAAAUGAUUUGGGCUGGGCAUGAUGUUUAGGGUGAAGCCACACAUACAAAGAAAGACUUGCCAAAUAAAGAUUUGCGGCUGUGUUGUUUUCUCUAUUGAUUAGAAUAACUUUCUAAAAAGCAGUUUUUAAAAGGGAAGUUAGAAGGAUGCUCCCCAUGGGAAUGUACCACAGAAUUAAGAUCUUCAAGGAGGAAAGUUUUAGGCAUCUGGGGUAAACUUAAAUGAAGGCUAUAUGUGCUUGCUACAAAAACGAGAACUGCCAUGCAGUGGUUUAAUUGGAUUUUAUUUUAUUUCUUAAAAAAGGAUCUCAUAUGUGUUUUUGUUGUAGACCAAUGGAGGACAACUACCAGACAAUAAAAUAAUUGCCACUGAACUCAACUCCUUGACAGAACUGAAGAAAUACAUGAAAAGGGUUAUGCCUUUUGUUGCUAUGAUCAAGGUCAGUCUUCCUGCAGCUUACGGGAGGGGGGUUAUUGGUUUGUUUCUGUUUUUUGUUUUUAUUGUGUAUUUUAUCUUUUUUAAAUCUUGUUUUUCUUUUGUAUUUUUCUGUUGUGAACUGCCCUGAGAUCUGUGGAUGAAGGGCAGUAUAUAAAUUUAAUAGUAGUAAAAUUUCAUCCCUUGAAAAUUUGAACCAAAAUGGGUAAUGAAAUUGGUGGUCACAUUGGCUUGUGUCCAAUUAUGUUCCUUCACUCACAGAAGGCUCUUCAUUCCAGGGGAAGGUUCUGCGAAUAGAAAGGGGAGGCAAUUUUAGCAAAUUCUCUCCUUCCAUAGGGUGCCCCAGCCCUCUUGAGCAUGUUUUGUGCGCAAGGAUUGCUGGGGUGUACAAAGGGAGGAGGGUUUAAGGGGAAAAAAUAUGCCUCCCUCUCCUGUUCAUGGAAGCUGGAACAAAGAGCCUAGGACUUAAAAACCCACUUCAUUGUUACCAGUUAAAUUUGGAAGUAACUACCUUGGGCUCCUGGUUAUAGCAAAGACUUCCAUUUUGUUCUAUAGCUUGGGAUCACAACUUGAAUGCAGCAAGAUUUCUCCUGAGAAAAGAAAAAGAAAGAGAGAGACAUUAAGAAAUACAUUUGAUAACUGGAGGAGAAAGCAUGACUUUAAAAACAGAGCUUAUUGGCCACAUUUAAAAUCUCCCUGCAUUAUCAGUUAGUCAGAGUAGACUAAAAUGCCAGGAGGAUUUAACUGAUGCACUUAAAUAACAACUGUUAAGUAAUAAUGACCCACAUGGUCAUUGCCCAAGCAUUUUCUGAGCCUUGAUAAUGUGCUGAUAAUUGUUGCUGGCUGCGGUGGGUGUUGUUAUAUUGUUACUUUAAAACAGUCAUGAUGGUUUAAUGCAAUUGCUUUAAUAGCUUUUUUGUAAACCACCUAAAAAUGCUCUGACUAGAAGGUGGUGUAUAGGUUUAUGUAAAUCAAUAAUGUAAAUUCCUGUGGCCCAUGGCUGUAGAACAAAAUUAGAAUGAGAAGAUGCUUCACAGGGUACUAAAUUCACAGAAGUAUAAUUAACUAGAUAGAUAGAUAGAUAGAUAGUAGUGAUCGAAAAGAAGAAUGUGUCAUGACUUUUAGAAAAGAGUGGUGUGUUUUUUUACUACUUAAAUUGUAGCUCCAGUGGUACAUUGGUUUCUCUCUCUCUCUCUCUCUCUCUCUCUCUCUCUCUCUCUGUGUGUGUGUGUGUGUGUGUGUUUAGAGGCACAGUUAGCCUUGCCACGCUAAAUAAAUGCUAGGCACAUUUUUUUUUAUUUUUUUUGCUGAAGCACCUAGCUUGCAGAACGACAGUAGAAUGGGAAGACAGCUGUUGCUUAUUCUCUUUAUCAAUGUGUGCUUUCUUUAGCCAAGGUAACAAAUCCAGCACACUGUUCCAAUUCAACAAAAUUGCUUUCUCAUGCACCCCUUCCUGUCGAACACAUUGGUAGUAGCAGAAAGAAUACUCUGCAUACUUGAUGUAGCAGUAAUCUAACUCCAGCAGAUUGUCCUUGGUAUGCAUUUCUGGAAUUUUGCAAGAGCUGUAGCGUUUGGACUGAGAUGAGAUUAUAUGUGGAGGUUUCUAUCUCAGCUGCCUCUGGCCUGCCAGGCCUUCCCAUUUGACUCGCCCUGCAAUUUUGGUCAAGCUUCACCCACCUGACAUCUUAUAUGACAUCAGGUGGGCAGGUAAAAAGAGGCUUCUGAAGUCCCAAUAAUCAGGGGUGCUUCACAAGUGCUUCUUAAGACCUGCACACCUACUGGACUUCUGCGGUGCUGACAAUCAGUUGCUUCAAAGCAUAGUGCAGGACUCUUUGGCAUUGUUAUUGGACAACAUACAGAUCUGUGACUGCUCUUUGGGCUAUUUCUUGGAUAGUGUAGAUCUUUGUUUCUUGCCAGACUAGAUAUUGGGGGGGGGGUUUGGGGGGGUGUCAGUUGCUCCACAAUGUUUAUUGGCUGCCCAAAUCACAGAAGUGAGGAGGAGAGCAGUGAUACCUGCAGUCACCUCCAGAUGUUCUCACAUAGCUCAUGAGCCACAUUUUAGUGAUGUUGCUUUUUGUGGCAACCUCUUUGUACAGUUGGCUCGCAGUGGGUGCAUUCUGCCUGCAGAGGGGACAAAAGAUUCUAUGGCCUGCAAUUUGGCCUUCAAGCUCAGUCCUGUUGGACAUCUUGGUGUAAAGGAAUAGAAUGGCAGCUUGCUGAAUACACACAGCCUGGGUAUGCAAGAAGACAAGAUUGUUAUGUAUGUUUCAAAAUUUCUGACAUAAAACUACUAUUGUCAUUUAAAUGCUAAAGCUUUAGAUUCUUUCCUGUUUAGAGGCGGGAACUGUAUUUAAUUAAUUAAAAACUGUAAAUUUUGCUAGGAGCUUUAGACACAUUUGCUGUACGCAAUGAAUUUUUGUCAGAUGUUUUCUGUCUUGGGCUUGCUCAGCUGCACUAUUCAGGUUUCACAGAGAUGACCCAAUUUAAAAUAUAUGCUUUCCAUAUUUUUGGCAUCACAGGAGAAUCUGGAGAAGAAAGGGCCACGUGUUCUUGAUCUGGAGCUGGAGUUUGAUGAACGGGCCGUACUCAUGGAGAAUAUAGUCUACCUGACAAAUUCCUUGGAGGUGAGCAUUUGUCACGGAGUUAAUGGCUCAAGUCGAAAGAGCUUGAAGACACACUGAAUGUCUAUAUAUGUCUUUUUUGGUUUAAGGUUGCCCGUGCACAUUUAAUUGUUAAGCUUGCAGAAGUUAUUUAUCAGUGGAUUAGCUUACAAGUUGUGUGUGGGGUGGGAAGUCCCUAAUAGAAUUACGUGAUUACGUUGGUGAUCACUUUUUGUAUCUGAGUCCAAUCCUUCCCCCCCCUUUUUUUUAAAAAAAUAGUUUUUAUUAAGUUUCUUACCACCUACUACAACAAAAAAGAAAGAAACAAAAUCACAAAUAUAAACAAAGAAGAAAAUAGAAAAAGAAAAAUACAUGUCAACAAACACCCAGACAAUACAAAUUAAUUGGUUAUUUAAACUUCUAACAUCAUAAACAUGGUUUUGACUUCCUUUGAGCCCUCCCAUCUGAAUUUCCCUGUAUUUAAAUGUAGCAGUUUUCCAAUAUCAUUAUUAAAACACAGUAUUCCAAUUAAAAUAAAAUUUCUUACCUUUUCUUAAAGUUCUAGAUCUCAAUUAUUUUACUAACUCUUAAUUUCCUCCUAGGCCAAUUUAGUACUUUCAAGUAAUUUCUAAUUUUUAAUAUUACACUAUUUAUUCAAAUAGUCUUUAAAUUUCUUCCACUCUUCUUGAUAUUCCUCCUCUUUCUGGUCACGGAUUCUUCCAGUAAGGUCAGCCAACUCCAUAUAUUCCAUCAUUUUCAUCUGCCAUUCUUCCAUAGUUGGUUGUUCUUGUGUUUUCCAUUUCUUGGCUAUAAGAAUUCAAGCAGCAGUUGUGGCAUACAAAAAUAAUUACAUCUUUCUUGGGUAAUUCAGAACCUAUUAUUCCAAGGAGAAAGGCCUCUGGUUUAUCUGAGUCCAAUCCUGCUUGAUAGUUUGAAUGUUGGAAGUAUUCAGUAAAAAAAGAACCUAAAGUUUUGUGGCAUUUCAAAGAUAACAACUUUAUUAUGGCAUAAACCUGUACAGACAUAUGCCAUAAUAUUUUUUGGGGGGGUCUUUAAGGUGCCAAGAGGCUCUCCAGAUUUUAGUGACCAAGAGCACCCUAAAUUGGACUUCUAUAUUCAGUAUCAUUGACCUUCAAUGGAAAGGAGAGAUUUUAUCAAAUGCAGCCAGCUUCUCUCUCUCUCUCUCUCUCUCUCUCUCUCUCUCAUCAUCUUACUACUUUUUACGUGAAUAACGUUAUUGUCCCCACUUAGCUUGAUUUUCUCUCAAGGUAAGAAGAUGGUUUGGAAAUUCUCGACCAUUUUAGUGGAGAAUUUAUUCAAGAUAUAUCCUGUAAACACAAUCAUCAUCAUUGAAUGGAUUUGUAGCCAACCUUUUAGGGUAUAUCUAACAGCAUCUAGCUGUAAGUCAGAGCUGCUGUCAGUUGCUUGGAGAUAAAUUUAUGUAAUGGGAAGUGCCUGAUUUGGGCCAGUCUUGGGCACAACUUGCUGUCAGCAGUAUCUUUCUUUAGAAUCUUCAUUGCUACAAAGAAAUACAUGAAUGUGCUUCAAGAGAAUUAAAUGUUGGCAUACUCCUGUGAUUGCUGUACUAUCACCCCCUGCACCACCAAUGUUUUGAACUUUCCUUCUUCUUCCUCCACAGCUGGAACAUAUAGAAUUGAAGUUUUCUUCUGAGGGAGAUGAGAAAAUCAAAGAAGAUUGUUGUCCUGGAAAACCAUUCUGCACAUUCAGAGUAGAAGUAAGUUUGCAAGUCUACUUCCUUCACUGAUUUCUGAGACUUUGUUCCCCACUUAACUACAGUGGUACCUCUAGUUACGAACUUAAUUCGUUCUGGAGGUCCUUUCUUAACCUGAAACUGUUCUUAACUAGAGGCGUGCUUUCGCUAAUGGGGCCUCUUGUUGCCACUGUGCCGCUGGCAAACAAUUUCCGUUCUCAUCCUGGGCCAAAGUUCUCAACUUGAGGUAACUCUUCCAGGUUAGCGGAGUUUGUAACCUGAAGCGUUUGUAACCUGAGGCGUUUGUAGCUCGAGGUACCACUGUACUUUAUGUGCCCUGCAUGAGGCAUUGGAAACUGUCUAUGUAUCUGAGAGAAAAGUCUAAGAUGCAUCACUGAAGGACGGGGGCUAGACCUGCCAGUAAUGUCUGGUAAGAGCACCAGUCCUUUCUCCACUUCUCAGUGGUAUCUAAGGUUGCACCCUGUUAAUUCUACCCAUAGAACUCAUUAGGAACCACUGAGACUAAGCUCCAAUCCUUGGAUUCCAUUUCUUGAUGCUAGACUGGGGACUGUUUUAUGCAUAGCUUGAUGCAUGAAAAGCCUGCUAUUUUGACAUGCAGUGAGUGAGUGCAGCCUGUCAGGCCUUUUGGUUUGGUCCUUGAGACUCUUCCCAGGCCACACUCCCAUCCACAGGCAGCAGCCUCCCUGGGUGCCUUUGGCUGGCUGGAAUAUGCCCUUGGGCUAGGGGAUGGAGAGGGGAGUGUGUGUAGAAAUAUUUUCCUUUUCCCUGGUGGGAACGUACAAACGAUUGAAUCCAGGGCCUUCUGCAUUCAAGGCAGAUUCUCUGCCACUGAGGUGUAGCCCUUCAGCAAAUGGACAGGGCUCCAAGCUCAGCUCCCUAAGGUAACGGGAGGUGAUUUUUGGCCAGUCGCUAUUGCUUUAGUGACUUCACAAGCUGAUCAUGAGGAUAAAAUGUGUGGAGGAGAACAAUGAAUUCUACUCUGAGAUUCUUGGAGAAAAAGUGGGAUAAAAAUGUAACAAAUACAUUAAAACACACACAAAUGAAUACAGGCGUCCCCUUACUUGUGCAUAUUCAACUCUCGUGCCACCAUGUAUAUGUGCGACUUCCGGAUAUAAUUUUUAAAAAGACUUAAACUUCAAAAAGGCACAGAGGGACAAAAACGGUGGGGAAAGAGUGGGGAAACCGCAAAAAUGGCUUGAAAAGAGUGGGAAAAUGGCUAGCAAUCCCAGGAGCCUUUGCAGCUGCAAUUCUAUGAGGUUUAGAGGGUGUUUACAGACUUUUUAGAUGGUUUCCUCCACCAUAUGCAAUUUCACAUAAAUGUGUGGUACCCUGGAACGUAACCCCUGUGUAAGUGGGGAGACAUCUGUGUACAUAAGAGUAUCAACUGCAGCUGAAAUGCUUAGACUUCUAUAUAUCAUUUUGUACAGGUGGAAGUAAGCCAUAUUGGCAAGUUGUGAUCCAAGAUACAUGGUAACAAGUAACAAGUCUCUACCAUCAGGUUGGAUAUUUGACAUUUUUCCACCUACCUCUUGUUUUUCUUAUAGCCUGGUGUGUCUGUUUUUCUGGUGAAUCCUCAACCAGCAAAUGGCCACUUUUCUACAAAAAUAGAGGUCAGGCAAGGAGAUGGCCGAGAUGCAAUAAUCAGGCGCUUGAUGAAGAUGGACAGAGGAAUCAAAGGUAAAAUUUAGGUCAAAUAAUUCAGCCAGCUAGAUGUUAAAAUUCCUACAAAGCAGCUUAUCCAGUAAAUGCUGAUUGUCAAAAAUGUGUUUUCUUACUCACUGGAUGUCUCACAUGGUUCUAACUAUAAAAUCAGGCCUCUGUUCACUUGCUACUAUUUGUAUUGGUUUUCUGUGGCACUGUUUGUGUGCAACACACUUUACAAUCUUGUCAAUCUAAGAUUUGUCAGAUGCUACCAAAAGAGGCCUUUGCUACAGUGAUUCUUACAGGAGGUUUGCUGGUUAGAAAAGAGCACCAAUUGUGUAUACACUGUACAUGAUUUUAUAGACGCUACCUUUAUUAUGGUAUCAGUAAUGGUUUGAACAAUGACCAGAUUGUUAGCUGCGUCCCCCUGUGGUGAGAAGAUCCCUGUGGGAUCAGCUUGCCUUGAGUCAUUCCUUCCUCUUGGAGUUGUCCGGAAUCUGGAGCAGAGCCCAAGAUUCAUUUCUUGUAGAUAUGCCUGUUGAUAGCAAUGAUCAAUUACUGUUAGUGAAGAUGUUGAAUCAGGAUGGACUCGGCAAUGAUUUUCUAACUAAAAAGAGACUAAAUUGUAUUAUUUUUGAGCUCAUGCCAAGACUGGGGCCCCCUCAUGCUCUUAAGUAACCUCACUGGCAGCACAGCCUUAGCAUAGCCCACCAUGAUCAUCUUUAUCCCUUUUCUUUUCUUGAAACUAACCUCACAGUGUCUGUUGCAGCAGGAGGAGCUUCAUGUUGGGGAGUGGGAUAUGCAUCUGGUACCAGAGCCCCUAUUGUGCUCUGGAAUGCUGCUGCAGCAGGAACCCAGAAUUUCUGGGAUAGGGUUGGAGCCACAGCCAAGGCCAUUAUGAGCCCGAGCCAGAACUUCACAGGACAAUUGUGCUCACCUGGGGAUUUCUGAGCCUACUUAUCCCUCCCUCCCUCCAGAUCUGAAGUCAACCCCCUCUCCACCAGCUAAUGUUCGCUUAUUGCAGGCCUGAUCCUGCAACUUAAAUGUGAAAGAUGCAUUAAUCCAUUUCAAGUCCCCUGAGCCACCCACUCCCACUCAACUCCCACUUUCUUAAUGCAUGAACCACAUUAUUUUCAAGUCUUAAAUUUCAAACUAUACAGUGUUAGAGGUGGUAAGUAUUACCUCCAUCUCCCUGAAAGCACUUAGGGCUCACCAGCAGUAAUGACUUGUAGCAUAAAGGCAUUAAAGCAAAUGCACAUUCUCACUCAAGAGCCGGAUUUGACAUCCAUAGCUGCUGUGAAAAAAUCUCUCUUUCUUUCUUGUAAUAUAGAAGUUAGCUUCAACAAAUUAUUUAUUUGUCAGUUAAGGCUGAAAACAAAUUUGUAAAAAUUGUUUGUGUUUAAAAAUAUAAAAUGUUACCAAUUCUGUGUCCCAAAGUUCCUGAGAUUAUUUACUCUUGAUGUUUCUUUGGUGCCAUUUUCAAUUUUCACUAUAACCUUCUUUAAUUCUAAACCUUAAAUUUGGUGACUUUGUUUUAAAAUUCAGACUGAAAAUCUUACUUGUCAGAUCUAACUAAUAUGCUCACAGAAAACCCGCAUGCUGGCUUCAGUCUGCGCCAUCAAAUGCUGUUGACCAAAACAAAAUUGUUUUGCAUUGUUUCUGAAAGAUGCUCAGGCUUUGACAAACCUCCUGGGAGGAAGAGUUUGGUGACUCAAGGAUUAUUUUUGUUUGCAAUGGGAGUUGCUGGGGGUGGGGAGUAAAUGUUAACAGGGUUCUGCAGCUGUGGUCUCCAGGGCCAACCUUGCCCUCCUGAGUGAUUAGAGGUGGUAAAAAACUGUGUGGAUGAACAAUGUUUGUGCAUUCCUCCUCACCCCCUGUACCUCUUGUCUAAAUGGUCUUCUAGCAAGCUUAGUUGCUAACCGGGGGCGUUAUCCAGUUAAGGUGUCAGUGCACAGCAGGGCUUUCCCCCUCCUUCCCUGCAUGCACCCUGCACCUUCCCCAAAUCUGCUCCAGAGUGUUGGAGAAGCACCUAGAACAGAUUUGGGGAGAAGCCUGCAGCAAAAGUGGAAAUCCUUGUACUGAAGGAAUGCGUUACUCAGCUGCACUUUAGAUACAACCCCAGGAGUGAGCAGCUUUUACAGAAGGUGUAUUUUGAGGUGACGUCUGUUUACAUUCUUAAGUGUGUCCUCAAAUUAGAACACGUUGAGUUCCUUCCUGUUAUCCAGUUGCUAAUGGCCUUAUUUUGCAGGCAUUCCGCCCUUCUAAUUAAACUGUUUAAAGGAAGCAAGGCAUUAAGCCUGAAGUUCAGGUUGCUCUGCUGAACAGAACUGACAGAAUUUCUUUAAAAAGCAGAGACAAUUUCCUGUUUGCUUGCUGGCUUUGCUGAUUCCAGCAAUUGUGAGGGAAUUAUGUCUUGGUCCAAACUUUUCACGUCGUAUAAUUUAUUUCCUCAUCACUUUGGCGGCUUGUGUGUUUUGAUCCUAGGAAGAGAGACAAUUUUUAUAUUACAGUGUGAAGUUGUGUUUUCAGAAAAGAGCUGAGAGGAAGAAGUCUAUAACUUGUCUUGCAAAGCAAAAAUGGAGUACUGCACAUUUCAGGCUCGGGCAGGCAAUUACUAGAGAUGCACAACCUGAUUGUUUGAAGUGAAUGAAAAGCAAUUGAGAGUAAAUCAGUAAUUCUUCCAAAUCGUUGUUUCCAGAAGAUGUCACUGUUAGGCAGGCACUUGAAAAGAUUAUCUGAUAAAAGCUAGUGGUGAAAGAGCAGCAACUUAGGCAGACUAAAAUAGCUGGCUCAUUAGGAAAGUUCUGCUUCGCAGUUCUUACUGAGAAAUCGUUUGAACUUAUUUAAAGGACUUCUUUUUAAAAAAGCAGUUGCCUCUAAUAACAAAACUGAGACAACAUUUCUGCUUGUAUUAAAACAUUUUCUAGUUUUAACCAUCUUUCCUCUCACAAUUCUAUGCAGGCGAUGUUCCUCCCUCCCUUUUAUGUUGAAUAUUUCUGACAUAAAAGAGAGGAAUGAGCGAUAAAGAAGGGUUGUUGGGGAGGAAGUAAGAUAUGAGAUGGAGAGUAUACUGUAAACUACUUGGUUCUCCGGGGAAACAUCUCCAUACAUUUUUUAUUUAAUUCCUCUGGAUUUUAUUAACGUCCUCUUGACCACCACCCUUUUUUUUUUACUUCCAUGCCUCUUUGGCUGUUAGUCAUGCCUGAAAAAGCAUGGCGUAUAACUGGAAACUGCAAGGGUGUAUAACUUAAAAUUGCAGUUAGAGCUGUUGCCAGACUUCCAAUGGGCUCCCUGCCCCUGCUCCCCUGGCUGGAAGCCAAGGUUGGUUUGUGAAUGGUGCCCAUAGCCAGCCACACAGAUCCAGGGGUGAGUGAGUGGGCAGCAGGUUGGGCUGGUGAGCUCUGGUGCCCGUGGCCAGAACCUAUCCUGGUCAACCACUGGCAUCAGGCCUGAUUGCAGUAGAGAAGAGGAAAUUACAUAGUUCAUUUGUUCAGGGUGAACUGGGAGGACACCUUUGACUUUUUUCUCUAGAGCCAUUCUUCCUCUUUCUUGCCCAAGUGAAUGGCCGCAGGUCUCUAACAGCUAAUUUAAAACUGCAGUAUUAAUAGAUAGAGGGCACAAUGCUAAGGAAGUAGCUGAUGUUUCUCUGGGAUCAUAAUUUGCAUGAAGGAAAGCUACUGAAAAGUUUCUGUAAGCCAUUUUGCUUUCUACCGAGUUAAAACACAAAACUUUACAUAGUAAAUUUAUUCAAACUCAUAUUAAAACACCCAUAAAAUUAGACACACCUCUCAGUGUUUCUGUCCUGCUGUUGUAGGAGGGAAAUUGGAGGUCUUUAUGUAUCCCUCCGUUGGAAGUGUUUGCUCACUUUUUAUGCUGAGGCACACCUCAGUGUCAGUGCAUUCAUGUUGGAUAUUCUUGAACCCACACUGCCUUUUAAUUAAGCCUUGGUUAUUAAGGGCUUCUGUAGCCUUUGAGGCAAAUGGCCUGCACAACAGCUUGUAAACAUCUGUCAAGGCGCUAUUCAAGCAAUUGGGGCAGUUAGAGUUUCAGCAGCCCAGGCUAAUGCUCUCUCCUUGCUAGGUACCUUGCCUGAACUGCCUUGUGAUUUGUAUUGUUGUAUAAAAAUGCACAUGUCUUACAAGUGUAUUCUUUCUCUCCCGCCCGCCCUCCAGAUCUUUCCAAAGUGAAACUAAUGCGUUUUGAUGACCCUAUCCUGGGCCCACGUCGUGUUCCUGUGCUCGGUAAAGAAGAUGCUGAGAAAUCUCCCAUUUUAGAUCAAGCUGUCUUUCACAUAGACCUUGCUGAAAAGCGGGUUCGUCUCACUGAGAAUGGACGAACAACAGAUAUUGGGGAUACGCUAGUCUAUAUCAUUAAUUAGAUUUUUGCAUUGAGCUGGGUUAUGAAUCUUUUAAAUAACAUGAACAGCUUUCAAGCGAUCUAGUGGACCACAACAAAUUUAAUUUCUUGCUUGGGGAGGGGAAGGAAACUUAAUCUUGCAUGUAGAUCAGGGUCCUUCAUUUUUAAAUGUGGUAUAAUAAAUAUAUUUUCCAUCCCCUGUGA